UGGAAAAAAUCCCAUCACCAGAAGAGCCUGAAGCAGUUCUGUGCAGUCUCACAAAACUCGAACCACCAUCAACAAACAAUUAGUUUGGUUAAAUGAAUUAGUCAAGUUAGAGUUUGUGUGUCAUGUAAUGUGGAUGGGGUUAUAGAGCGGGCGUGGUAAUCGAAACGGGGUGCCAAAACACUACAUCGAGAAAAUUCAACUCGGAAUCUACAAGUGAUCGUGCCUUUAUCUGUUCGUACCUGCCGUGCCGCGAUUGCAGACAUCGUUGGGGUACGACCUUCUGCACAUGUCUAGUCUGUAAAAAACACACCCGGUCAUAUAUGGUUAAAUGUGUGAUUUGUGUGUUUUGUUGUUAUUUACUCCUCAGCUCCAGAGCGACUAUACCUAAAGAACAAUUAACAAAAACACGGACGCCUAAACACCACAAUCGUCACAUUUUGCGUGUCAGACAUUUAGUUAGAACGAUUAGUCCGGAUCUUGUUGGUGUAUGCGAUCCGGGAUCAUGGACGAAAUCCUCCAGUUUUUGUACGACCAGAACCGACCCUACACCAUCAACAACAUAAUGGAAGGGUUCAACAAACAACUCAGUAAGAGUCAAGUUGUUUCAGCUGUUAACAAGCUAGUUGAGAAGAACAAAGUGAUUGAGAAGAACUGUGGCAAACAAAAAAUAUACUGCGUGCCGCAAAAAUCGUCACUGCCUUUGAAAGACUUGACGUCCAAAACGUUCGAAAUGGAGCGCCAGUGUAGCAAUCUUGCUGCAACCCUCAAAACCGUUCAGAACGAAUUGGAGGAGAAGAGCGCCCGUUUGCGAGAUUUGGAAGGAACGUUGAGCAAGGUUGAGCUAUUGGAGAAGAAGAAGAAGCUGGAAGAAGAGGUUGAAGAAAUGGAGUCGAAACUAGAAGGUGGUACUAGCGAGUCGCUCGAUAAAGAGAAAAUCGAGAGGGAAUACCGGACCGUAUUUAAAGAAUACAAUAAACGGAAGAGAUGGUGCACGGACAUGAUCGAGGCCAUUUUCGAAAAUUACCCCAAAUCGAAGAAAACUCUCCUCGAAGACAUCGGGAUCGAGACCGAUGAUGAUGUUAAUUUCAAAGUUAAGGUUUCAAUAAAGUGAACUUACCCUACUUAUUAUAA